AAUACCAACUGAUACGUUCAACAGAAACUGAGUGAUAAGAGUUCCAGCUAUAUUUGCAAAUAACAUCAUCUUAAAACAGUCAUAAUGGCAAGUACUAGUGAACAAAGCUGCAGAAAUCCUAUAGAAGGCAAGUGCACCAAAAUUUGUGACAAGGAGGAAUGCAUAUGUGUUGAGACUGGUGGAAAAUCUUGCAUAUGCAUCUGUUCUGAUAAACAAGGGAAGAUAAUUCGAUGCGAUGAUUGUGGUGGAAAAUCAUGCAUAUGCAUUUGUUCUGAUAAACAAGGGAAGAUAAUUCGAUGCAAUGAUUGCAAAUGUGUAGAAAAUGGCAAGUGCCAUUGCAAAUGCGAUGAUGCUAAAUGCAUUUGUGUACCAACUGACGGAAAAGCUUGUGUAUGCUUGUGCCGUGAUGAAAAAGGUGACAUUACGGUCUGUAACGACUGCUCUUGUACACCUCAAGGAGCUAAGGAAUGUUGUACCAAAACUUGUGACAAGAACAAAUGCAUAUGUGUCGAGACUGGUGGAAAAUCUUGCAUAUGCAUCUGUUCUGAUAAACAAGGGAAAAUAAUUCGAUGCAAUGAUUGCAAAUGUGUAGAAAAUGGCAAGUGCCAUUGCAAAUGCGAUAAAUGCAUUUGUGUACCAACUGACGGGAAAGCUUGUGUAUGCUUGUGCCGUGAUGAAAAAGGUGACAUUACGGUCUGUAACGACUGCUCUUAUACACCUCAAGGAGCUAAGGAAUAUUGUACCAAGACUUGUGACAAGAAGAAAUGCAUAUGUGUCAAGACUGGUGGAAAAUCUUGCAUAUGCAUCUGUUCUGAUAAACAAGGGAAAAUAAUUCGAUGCAAUGAUUGCAAAUGUGUAGAAAAUGGCAAGUGCCAUUGCAAAUGCGAUAAAUGCAUUUGUGUACCAACUGACGGGAAAGCUUGUGUAUGCUUGUGCCGUGAUGAAAAAGGUGACAUCACGGUCUGUAACGACUGCUCUUGUAUACCUCAAGGAGCUAAGGAAUGUUGUACCAAGACUUGUGACAAUAAGGAAUGCAUAUGUGUCGAGACUGGUGGAAAAUCUUGUAUAUGCAUCUGUUCUGAUAAACAAGGGAAAAUAAUUCGAUGCGAUGAUUGCAAAUGUGUAGAAAAUGGCAAGUGCCAUUGCAAAUGCGAUAAAUGCAUUUGUGUACCAACUGACGGAAAAGCUUGUGUAUGCUUGUGCCGCGAUGAAAAAGGUGACAUCACGGUUUGUAAGGACUGCUCUUGUACACCUCAAGGAGCUAAAGAAUGCUGCACCAAGACUUGUGACAAGAAGGAGUGUAGAUGUAUCGAGACUGGUGGAAAAUCUUGCAUCUGUAUCUGUUCUGAUAAACAAGGGAAGAUUAUCCGAUGUGAUGAUUGUCAAUGCGUUAGUAAUAGUGAAUGUGUUUGCAAAUGCGAUGAUGCUAGAUGCAUCUGUAUUCCAACUGACGGAAAAGCUUGUGUAUGCUUAUGUCCUGAUGAAAAGGGUGACAUCAAGGUCUUUAACGAUUGUUCUUGUUUACCUCAAGCAGCUAAAGAGGGCUAAGCAAAAUAGGCGUCGUAAAAAACCAUCUAGUUAAAGAUAAACAGCAAAACUUAUUGCAUAUGAUGAGUGCUCAUGAAUUUAUCUGUAAUUGUAAUGAGUCUUAAUAUAAGUAUUUGUAUUUUAACUGCAAAGAAAAGAUGCGUUCACACUUUAAAGAAGAAAAUACUGAUGACGGUUGUGACGCUAGGGUUGCUUAUAAUCAUGUAACAGGUUUAUUUGUAAUACCUUAUAAAAUAAUCUUAAUUUUAUAUCGGUCUAGUAUUCGGUUAUAUGAUUAAGUUUGUAUUAUGAAAAUUAUUAUAUUUUAAAUUUUCAUGAAUAAAAGGUCUAUAAAUUG